UUUGAUUCAGUUCUAAAAGAGACAAGCAAUGUUGCCGAGAUGGUUAUGUUUGGUCGUUGUUUGUGUUCUUGGUGUUCGGAGCGAGGAGGAGGAAGCGAUGAGCGCCCUGGAUUUAGGAGAGUCCAAUUUUAAAGAUGAGGUUGGGUCAGGUCCUCAUUUUAUAAUGUUCUUUGCACCUUGGUGUGGACACUGUAAGAGAUUAGCCCCAACAUGGGAGGAACUAGCGGUUAAAUAUAACCAGGCUGAAGAGAAGAGUGUUGUGAUCGCCAAGGUUGAUUGCACAAAGGAACGUGCUCUUUGCUCUGCCCAGGACGUUACAGGAUAUCCCACUCUUAAAUUCUUUAAGUCUGGGUUUGAGAAGGAGGAUGGAGAGAAGUAUCGAGGAAACCGAGACAAGGAUGCUCUUCUCUCCUUCAUCAACAAGAAGCUAGGAAACGAAGAAGCAGAGGAGAAACCAAAGGUUGAAGAAUCUGGUGAGGUUGUUGUAAAGGAAGGUCUUCAUAUCCUCACUGCUGCAACCUUUGCCAAGACUGUGGAGAAGGGGGACACCUUCAUCAAGUUCUACGCUCCCUGGUGUGGACAUUGUAUCAAGCUUGCCCCCGCUUGGGAUGAACUAGCUAAGGUUUUCGAGAAGGACGAGCAGGUUAAAAUCGCCAAGAUUGAUUGUACCGAGCAUCAGUCCAUCUGUCAGGAACAUAAUGUGCGAGGAUACCCUACUCUUGAGUACUUCAGAUCUGGACGUAAACUUGAAGCAUACAAGGGAGCUAGAGCACUUAACGACCUCAAGGACUGGGUGAAUGAGCAGAAGGUUGGGGCGGGAAGCGCCGCUACUGAGGAUGGAAAGGUCCCUGACGCCAAGGAGGAGAAACCAAACGCUGUAUUGAAACUCGAGAAAUCUAACUUCGACGAGAAAAUUAAGGAAGGCGUUGUGUUCGUUAAGUUCUUUGCCCCAUGGUGUGGACAUUGUAAAAGACUUGCACCAACUUGGGAACAAUUGGCGGAGGAAUUUCAAGCCAGGGAUGACGUAACUAUUGCUCAUGUGGAUUGUACCGCUGACAACAAUGUGAACAGAGAGCUGUGUGACGGACAAGGGGUUAAUGGGUUCCCUACACUUCUCAUCUAUAAGAAUGGAGUCAAGGUUGAUGAAUAUAACGGGAACAGAGAACUGGCUGAUCUUCAAACUUUUGUCCAGAAGAUUGUAACCGGGGAGAAGGAUGGAGAGCAGGCAGAGAAGGACGAACUCUAAUCAAAGUAGAAGGUGGAGAAUGAUAAAUCUAAUCCGUGGAGAAGGUUCAAUCUAAUCCGUGGAGAAAGUUAAUCUAAUCCUUGGAGAAGGUGGAGAUGGAUCAAUCUAAUCUGUGGAGAAGGAUCAAUAUAAUCCGCGGAGAAGGUUUAACUCAAAUACAUUCUAUCUCUAUCUGCUAUUUUGGUUUGUCAUACUUCCAAUUAUUUUUAACCAGUAACGGGUUGUAAUAAUAGUUUUUGCUCAUGUUCUCUAUUUUUUACAAUGUAACAGUUGAUAUGUCCCAACUGGUGUUUGUUAUCUUUUUGUGUCUCAAACUGUGAUUUAUGACACUUCCGUUUUGAUAUAUUGCUUGAUAUUUGCAUUUAUUUAAUAAAACUAAAACUUUUAA